CAUAUCACUUUAAUGACUAACAAAUAAUAUGCCUCGGCUAGUUUGAUAACACACAAUCUGGCGAUUUUCUCUAUAAUGGACUUAGAUUUUUCAUGGACAUUUUAAAUCAUAAUAGUUAAAGUUUUUAUUUGUGAAAUGACAAAUUAGUGAAAUUUAUUCGAAACUUAGCUUUUAAACAUUCUGUUGACAUCGAAAUUCAAUGAUUUAUCAGGGGUCUAAUCCAGAAAUGACUAUGGCAUACAAUCCGUUUAUAUUCCACAGACCAACAGAUUAUGGAUCCCUCCUGCAACAACAUUAUCUUCCUUCCGUUCAGCAUUCUGGACUACCAGCUUCUUUGUUUCCAAAGUUACAACAGAGUAUGGCACGGUCUACUCUAUCCCCAGGAGACUUAAUGCACCCUCUGUAUCAGAGGCCAAUUAGGAGUUUAGAACCUCCAGAAUCUGAAGUCCAAGAUGACCCAAAAGUCGAACUGGAAGGAAAGGACCUCUGGGAACAGUUUCAUAAACUUGGAACCGAAAUGGUCAUUACAAAGUCUGGCAGGAGAAUGUUUCCUCCUUGCAAAGUUAGAGUUUCUGGCUUAGACAAACGAGCGAAAUAUAUAUUGUUGAUGGACUUGGUUGCUGUUGAUGAUUGUCGAUAUAAAUUCCACAAUAGUCGGUGGAUGGUAGCAGGAAAAGCAGAUCCAGAAAUGCCAAAGCGGAUGUAUAUCCACCCGGAUUCUCCUGCCACUGGAGAACAAUGGAUGCAGAAAGUCGUUAACUUUCACAAACUAAAGCUGUCAAACAACAUUUCCGACAAAAGUGGUUUUACAAUCUUGAACUCCAUGCAUAAGUACCAGCCUCGAUUUCACUUGGUGAGAGCAAACGAUAUUCUGAAGCUACCAUAUUCAGCUUUCCGAACGUAUGUCUUCAAAGAAACGGAAUUCAUUGCUGUUACAGCCUACCAAAAUGAAAAGAUCACACAACUGAAGAUAAACCAUAACCCAUUUGCCAAAGGAUUCAGAGAUACUGGUGGUGGAAAAAGGGAAAAAAAGCGAAUGCUUCUUCACUCUACAAACCAACAUCACGUGGAUACUUCCCACACAGACGACACCCAUAGUGAAGAAGAUGACAACGAAGAUGCUGACAUCUGCGUCGAUGACGACGUCGAUGACAAAAUGGAGAAGAAAGAGACAUUGACUUGUUUGCCAACUUCACAAGAUACAAUGGUAAAGGAAAAGUCAAAAACCUCUGAAACUGAAACUCACCAGGAAUUGGAACUUAAAGACAAAGCACAAGUACAAACUGAACACAUUGAAUUGAGAACUUCAGAAAGUGAAGAGGAAUCUGAUGCUUGUCAAGGAGAAAUAUGUAAAAGCGGGACACCCGUUACAAAAGCUCUGUAUAGACCACACGAAUUAGUUGAUCAUGGACGAGAAAAUCCAACGGUUUUAAGAACAGUAUCACCACCAAUGAAUGUGGACAGAACAAGUAAAUCCAUACAAAGUGACAAUUCAGAAACAGACUCAAAAUUAGAUUCUCCGACCAAGAGUAGAUCGCCAGACAGUCCCGUUGUAUCACGACAUCAUGGAUCAAGUCAUAAUUUUUUGUCUAAAGAUUUUUCUAGUCCCCCAAAUGUGACAAUAGUGCAACCAUCAGCUUCUCAUUCAAUGUUUCCGUUCUUUUAUCCAUAUUCGUCUACAUCAUCCGGAAUGCCGUAUUCCCUUAGUCCGAUGUUGUUACCAGGAAACCCUUCUUUACCACCAGGUUUACAGCUGCCGUUUAUUCCUACCUCUAGACAUUCAGAAAUGGGUCAUUUGUCACCAAGUCAUUCGCACGCGCAUGCUCUGUCUACACUAAAUCAGCUGACAUUACAAAAUCACAUGUUAUCACAAAGUUAUUCUAGUCUUAAUUCUGAACUAAGCGGAGGAGGUGCUUUAUCUCCAAAUCAAGUAUCUAAUACAACAGUGGGACCUAUCUUUCCUUCACGCACUAGUCCAAGAUACUCACCGUAUUCAUUACAGUCAUCAAAAACAUUUGUGCCUAGUACAUCACCGAUUUCCGGUUCCGGUAGUCAAUUGAGAAAUGAGGCAGAAGGUAAUGGCAUUAGUCGACCAUCGCCCAUUCGACCACGCAGUCCGCUAGGCCAUCGUUUGCCAUAUCAAGGAAUGUCAAGUUCUUCAAAUCCUAAUAAUGAACUGAGGCACAUGGAAAGAAUGCUUAAUGUACUGGACAGAAAAAGAAUGGAAUCACACGAAAGAUCAAUGGCCGAUGUUCAUUAAUCAUUGUCUAUUAAUUUACAGUAUUGUUAUCAAACAUUUUCGUUUGUUUUAUAUCGUUUUCUGGAAAAAUCAAAAUAAUUUUACUACUUUAAAAACAAUUCAGAAACUUAAUCAAACAUGAAAAUAAACAGUGCUAUAUGUACAGCUUCUGUUACAUACCUGACAGAAUUUAGUGCUAGUAUGAUUGAAAAUCCAAUUUUAUGAUAUAGGUAAUCAUCUUUCGCAAUUACAUACGUGUAUAAUUUAUUAUUCAGGUUCCUUUUUUGCCUUUCAUUUUAGAUUUUCAAGUUUGAAAAGAAAAUUGAAAAUAACAAUCAGGAUUGUGCUAUGUUACUAAGGUGAAAACCUUUUUUCUCUAGUCAUUUUACGCAAAUUAUUAAAUGUUUCUGUUGCAAUAUCUGGUCAUUAGUUAUGUACAACACAAACUUUUUUUCUUUUUUCAUUCAGUCUGCAAUACAUUUUUCUGCAAGUUUUAAUCGUAUUCUUGGAAAAUAUUUCCUUUCAAACAACAUAAAAAUGAGAAUUAAAUGUUGUGCAAAAUAUUAAUGUUUAAUCCAGAAUAUCUCAAUGUGGAAAAAAUAAAAGAAAUAGGAAAAAAACAAAUGUAUAUGUGUAAAAUUAUUUAUUAUGAUGUUGUGAUAUUUGUUAUUAUGUUUGUAUUUCUGCAUUAUGAUAAUCAAAACAGAGAAACAAAUAAAACAUUAAAAUUAUA